AUUCUAUUAAACUAUUAUUUAUAUUUACAAUAAAAGAUAUAUAAAGUUAUAAACACUAGAAAUCCCAAAAUAAAUGUUUUAUUCAAAAUAGUACUUUUCUUUAUCGUAAACUACCGAUGUCAUAACAAAACAAUUCAACACCGACCGAAUAACAUCCGAGACCAGUAUAGACCAGUAUGAGUAUUAUCAGAACCCCGAUAUUCAUUUUCUUUUUCAUAUUUGAAAGUAGAAAUUACUCCUGAACAUUCAGUUCCAUGUUGAAGUCAUCAAGUACACUGUACACAAAGAGUCAAAAGACAUUCCCUUUAUAGCUACCAACUUUACCUCCUUCAAACAAAUUCAAAAUAUCUCCACUUCAACCACCAAUCUAUUGAUCUGAAUCACUAAAUUAGGGUUUAAAAACAGUGAUUCAACUUCAAACCACAAUGAUUUCAUUUCAUUCGUUAAUCUAGGGUUUCCUCAAUCCAGUUCAAGCUUCCGGUAUCAAAAUCCCUUCAUAAAAUGUUACUUUCAUCUCGGAGUUCGUUGGAAGUAAUGCUCGAUUCUCUCCGCCUGAGAGACAACUCCGGCGAGAGUUCACCGGACUUGCCGCCGGCGUUACCGUCACGACCGAUCUCCAAAGCUCGCCUCCCGAAGCGGCUGAUCCGGUCCACAAUUGCAGUACAGCAUGUUGUUUCUUGUGAUACAAGUAACAACAACGAAAAACUAGAUGUUAAAUGCAGCAGCAGAAGCAGUGGUGGUGGUGGUGGUUGUGGUUUUGGACGGAAGAAGAUGAUCGGAGCUGCGGCUGCCGCCACGUCAUCAGUUUCGGUUGACAGUAUUGGUUAUUUCAUUAGAAAUAAACUUGGAGUGUGGUGUAAGUCGCGAAACGAUCGGUGGGAGUUAGGGAAAAUCGAAUCAGCGGUUGGUGAAGAUGUGACUGUUAGGGUUUCGAAUGGGAAUAUGAUUACGGUGUCUAGACGAGAGUUGUUACCUGCGAAUACGGAUGUUCUUGAUGGAGUUGAUGAUCUUGUUGAACUUAGUUAUUUAAACGAACCAUCGGUUCUUCAUAGUCUUCAAUAUAGAUACAAUCGCGAUAUAAUUUAUAGUAAGGCGGGCCCUGUAUUAUUAGCGUUUAAUCCCUUCAAGGAUGUAAAUAUUUACGGAGAUGAUUUUGUGGCGGUGUAUAAAGAGAAGAUUUUGGAUAAUCCUCAUGUAUAUGCUGUGGCUGAUGCUGCAUACAAUGAUAUGAUGAAAGAUGGUGUGAAUCAAUCUAUUAUUAUCAGUGGCGAAAGUGGAGCUGGGAAGACAGAAACUGCAAAGUUUGCAAUGCAAUAUCUGGCAUCGGUUAAAAGCCAGAACUAUGAGAUGAAAUCUAAACUAAUUCAAACCAGUUGUAUCCUGGAAGCUUUCGGGAAUGCAAAGACUUCCAGAAAUUGGAAUUCUAGCCGAUUUGGGAAAUUAAUAGAUAUACAUUAUAGUGCAGAGGGGAUGAUAAGUGGUGCUUGUAUCCAAACAUAUCUUUUUGAAAAGUCAAGAGUAUCUCAAAUAUGUCGUGGAGAACGGUCGUACCAUGUAUUUUAUCAGAUGUGUGCUGGGGCCCCACCUGUUCUUAAAGAUAAGCUGAAUUUAAAAAUGUCAAGCGAGUACAAGUUUCUUAAUCAGAGUGGAUGCUUGAAAAUUAAUGGUGUUGAUGAUGCCCACAACUUUAUAAAGCUAGUGGAUGCCUUUGAUACACUUGGAAUUCAUGGUCUGGAUCAAGAAAACAUAUUUGAAUUGCUUGCUGCAAUUCUAUGGCUUGGGAAUAUUUCAUUUGCAGCAAUCGAUGAAGAACUUGUUGAGCCUGUGGCUGAUGAAGCGAGUCGAAGUGCUGCUAGGUUAAUGGGCUGCAAGAUGGAUGACCUCAUGAUGGUGUUAUCUACCAACAGAGCUCAUAAUAUGACCGAACCAUUGACAUUGCAGCAGGCAACUGACAAAAGAAACACAUUGGCAAAUUUUGUUUAUGAGAGCCUGUUUAAUUGGCUCAUUGAAGAAGUUAAUACAUCACUUAAAGGAAACACACAACAUACUCGACACGCCAUAAGCAUAUUAGACACGUACGGAUUUGAGUCAUUGCAGAGAAAUAGCUUACAGCAGUUGUUUAUAAACUACGCUGAUGAGAGACUGCAGCAGCACUUCAUUCGCCAUCUUUGUAAGCUUGAACAAGAGGAGUACGAAUUAGAAGGAAUCCACUGGAAAAAAGUAGAGUUUGAAGACAACCAAGAGUGUUUGGAUCUGUUUGAGAAGAAACCAAUGGGGAUAAUAUCAAUGCUCAAUGAGUGUUCAAAUUCCUCCAUAGCCACAGAUACGACAUUCACCGAAAAGAUUAAACAACACCUAAGUUAUAAUCUUUGUAUUAGCUGUGAAGAAGGAGCUUUCAGGGUUCGCCACUAUGCGCGAGAGGUUCAAUAUGAUGCUUCAGGGUUGUUGGAAAAGGACAGUGAUAAAUUACAGUUUGAUACCAUCCAACUUUUGUCAUCUUGUAAGAAACCCUUGAACCUUUCGGGUUCGGCCUCUGGUGUGAUGAACCAGGUCCAAGCAGCAGGUCAAAGUGUUGGGUCAAAGUUCAUGGAUCACUUGUCCAAAUUAAUCAACCAAAUGGAGAAUUCAAAGCAACACUUCAUUCGAUGCAUAAAACCAAAUACCAAAAAACUUCCUGGAAUCUACGAAAGCGACAUCGUAUGGGAACAACUUAAAUGUAGCCAAGUUAUGGAGGUAAUGCAAAUAUCAAAAUCAAGAUACCCGUUACGCUUCACACAUCAAGAAUUUGCUAGCCGGUUUGGCUGCCUUUUAUCGACGAAUGUUAUGUGUAUGGAUCCAUUGAGUACAUCGGUUGCUAUUCUGCAGCAGCAUCGAGUACCCACGCAAAUGUACCAAGUUGGAUUUACAAAAUUGUUUUUCCGAGGACAGGUUGAUGCAUUGGAGAAUUUGAGACAAGAAGUUCUAGGAAGUACUCGUGAACUCGAUAACCGUUUCCUUGGUGGUCGAGUUCUUGUUGAUUUUCAUGAGUUGAAGUUUGGAAUUGUGACAUUGCAGUCAUUUAUUCGUGGUGAAAAUGCAAGAAGGGAGUUUAAUGUUUUGAAGAAACAGAACCAUGGGAUUGCACUAAGUUCACUUGAUGAACACAUGACAACAGUUGUACAUAUACAAUCAGUUGUUCGUGGGUGGUUGGCUCGGAAGCAUUUCAAUCACAUGCAAAGUUGGAAAAAAUCAGGCCUUGAUAGAUCAAGAAGCCAGCGAAAGUCAAGCAGGAAACAUGUAGAAUUGAGGGAUUUGUUACAGGAAAAUGUACAUGUUUUACCACAAAAUAUUGAAGAGCUGCAAAAACGAGUAGUGAAGGCGGAAUCGUUGUUGAGUGAAAGGGAGCUUGAAAAUACUGCUUUGCGGGAACAAAUACGACAGUUUGAAAUACGUUGGUCGGAAUACGAAAGCAAAAUGAAGGCCGUUGAGGAGAUGUGGCAGAGCCAAAUGGCAUCUUUACAAAUGAAUCUUGCUGCAGCCAAGAAGACUCUUGGUUCCGGCAUUUCCGAUGUGCAAAUUGGAAGACCCGUUGAUUCACUGUCACCCAAUUUUUACGAUUCUGAGGAUACCAUAUCAGGAAUACAAACUCCUUCGCAAAUGACACCUGUCAGAAUCGGAAACAGUAGACGCGGAAGCAAUGUUGUUAUUUCCGACACGAUUGAUAACUUAUCCAAAGAAUUCGAGCAAAGAAAACAGAAUUUUGAUAGUGAUGCUAAAGCUGUUACUAAUGUGAAUCGUGGACGUCCUCCUUCAAAACAGAUUGAAGAUUAUAAUAACUUAAAAAAGAAAUUCGAGAUUUGGAAAAAAGAGUACAGGAAUCGGUUACGCGAAGCCAAAACAAGACUUGUGAAGGGUGUACAUGCCGAAAAUGGCGGUGUUGGUGGUGGUGGUGAUAAGCAGACGAGAAACUGGUGGGGGAAGUUAAGCAAGAGGGGGAAAGAAAGGGUCGUGUGAAAUUACAUAUUCACCCCUAUGCGUUUGGCGAAAAUAUUGUUUCGUGGUUAAUACUUCAAUGACCAUGUAACGGGUUUGUUACUGGCCCCAUGAUGUUGGACCGUUUUUGUGGCGUUGAUCGAAGGAUGGAGUUAUGUGAAUCAACUGGUUGGUCUGGGCGCGGGUUGUGUAUAAGAGUAGGGCUCAAGAGUGUUGUGAUUUGUUUUUUUGUUUAAAUUUUGUAUGAUAUAGAAGACUGCCUGUAUUAUGGAUCAAGCAUGUAAUUUAAAACUGGGUUCAAGAUACAAUUGAGUGGUUUUUCUUUCUCAUUC